UCAAUUGUUGUGUUCAUCAUUACCUGUGGAAGAGGAUUCGCAUAAAGAUCUCAAAAGACCUACAUUUGUCAAAUUAUUUGUUGCUUCUCCAAUUUCUUCUAAUUGUUCAGUAUAUUCUAAUAGACAAACAACGAAAAUAAAUAAAAUUAAACAACAAUUUUCAAAAAUAAAAUUACAAGGAAAACAACAAUAUAUUUUUGGCUUCAACAACAUUUGGUUGAAAAAAAAGAAUGGCUUGUUCAGCAAUUUUCUUUUUGGAUAUGAAGGGAAAGGUAUUAAUUUCUCGAAAUUAUCGUGGAGAUGUUGACUUGACAAUUAUUGAAAAAUUUAUUCCUUUUCUUGUGGAUAUGGAAGAGGAAGGAAAAUUGACUCCUAUUGUGGAUGUAGCUGAUGCUAUUUUUGUGUUUAUUAAAUAUAAUAAUGUUUAUGUUGUCGCUGUUUCUGACCAUAAUGUUAAUGUUGCUUUAAUGCAAACAUUUCUUUACAAACUUGUUGGAGUUUUUUCUGAAUAUUUUAAAGAUGUUGAGGAAGAAUCUGUUAAAGACAAUUUUGUUAUAAUUUAUGAAUUGCUAGAUGAAAUGAUGGAUUUUGGUUAUCCUCAAGUUACUGAAGGAAGAAUAUUGAGAGAGUAUAUAACACAAGAAGGAUAUAAAUUGGAAAAGAGCCAAAUACGUCCUCCAAUGGCUGUUACUAAUGCGGUAUCGUGGCGUUCUGAGGGUAUUAAACACAGGAAAAAUGAAGUAUUUUUGGAUGUUAUUGAAUCGUUAAAUUUGCUGGCAAAUGCAAAUGGUGUUGUUUUACAAAGUGAAAUAAUUGGUUCAGUUAAAAUGCGUGUAUUUCUAACUGGAAUGCCUGAACUUCGUUUAGGAUUAAAUGAUAAAGUUCAAUUUGAGAAUACUGGAAGAGGUAGAAGCAAAACAGUUGAAUUAGAAGAUAUUAAAUUUCAUCAAUGUGUUCGUCUGUCAAGAUUUGAAAAUGAUCGUACAAUUAGCUUCGUUCCACCAGAUGGAGAAUUUGAGUUGAUGAGUUAUAGGUUGAGCACAGUUGUUAAACCUUUGAUUUGGAUUGAAACUGUAAUUGAACGCUUUUCACAUUCACGUAUUGAAUAUAUGAUUAAGGCAAAAUCCCAAUUUAAACGUCGUUCAACAGCCAAUAAUGUAGAAAUUAUUAUACCAGCACCGCGUGAUGCUAUUAAUGAUGAUAAUGAUGAUGAAACAAGUGGUGAUUAUAGCAGCAAUGAAGAUGAAUAA